AUGUCUGCAAAAAAAUAUCUGAAACUAGUCGAUAUUCACAAUGUCUGUCUUGACGAAGAUGAAUCACCGCAACACUGUACUAUCGAAACUCGAGACUUGACCGACGUGUCCCUUGACCCGCUAUUUCAAGCCAAUACACAGAAAACUGACGACCUUUGCAAUACUGGCACUCCUGCUGAACAUCGCUUAUCCAUUUCAACGUCUUCUACCAAUACCCAUUCGUUAACAAAUGCCCAGAAUACUACCACGACAAAUCCCAAAUUUGGCGCGCCUGAUAAUCUCAAUGGUGGAAGCAAGAAUACUGAAGCAUAUCCCCACGACUCGCAUCCAGGCAUUUUAAAAACAACUAAUUUUGGAGCAAGCAUGGCACAAAUGUUUUCUGAAUCAUUUUCAUCCUCGCCAUCACGAUUUAAAGUCAGCCUACCAACGCGAGCAAGCACGACCAACAUCUUUCCCUGGAAUGCAACAGGUCGGCCUCGUGAUGCCCGUGAAGUCGAACUUCUUAUAGACUUGACCAGACUUAUGGCCGAAUGGGGUGCUCCAAUUUAUCGCGUAGAAAACCGUAUAAUAACUGCUGCAAAAGCUCUAGAAAUUCCUAUUUCAUUCUUUUCCCUUCCAUCAAUGAUUAUGGUAAACAUUGGUGAUGGUGGAGCUCAGCAUCCUUCUAGAACUGUAUUUAUCCAACUUUCAUCUUCAAUGAAUAUGUGGAAGUUGCAUCAGGCUGAUCGACUUGCUCGACGACUUGGAUUGAUCUAUAUUCGGUUUGAAAAACUCAAAAUGAGAGUUUUGAGUAAACACCGAAAAGAAGACUCUGUGUAUGAACAUGACGAUCAUGUUGGGUUGUCUGAGCAUGCAUUUUCAUCACCUCCAGCUACAAGCGCAUCCAGUAAGCCACCACAUCAACGUACCACAACUUCAAAAAUGUUCAGAUCGGAUUCCAUAGCUUCAGCAACAAGUAAAGUUAUUGGAAGAGGUGACGAAGAGCCCGUUGCUGUCGAGGAAAUCAUUCAAGAUCUGCGCGACUUGGCAGAAGAAGACGACAGCUAUUCAUCCCAUGCUCGAGUUUUAUCUUCUCUCUGUACAUCUGGAUUCAUUGUUAUUCUUUUGUUUGGUGGAAGCUUGAGUGAUGCAAUUGCUGCAAGUGUUUUAGGUGCAUUGGCAACAGCUUUUUCCAUCAUUGCUGAAGAACUUGAAAUGCAAACCGUGUCGGUCAUUUUCAUUGCCGGAACAGUGUCAUUUUUUUCUCGCAUUGCACAGACAAAGUAUAUUUGGUCUAUGGUUCCUGGGAGCCCAUUUGGAUUGUGUCAUGAUAUUGUGUCGUUGGCUGGUUUGGUUCAAUUUAUGCCAGGCAUGCAAUUCACUUUGGCAAUGCUAGAACUUGGAUCAGACUAUUCUGUUUCGGGAGCUUUAAGACUAUUCAAUGCUUCGAUGCGAUCAAUUAUGGUUGGCUAUGGUGCUACAUUCGGAUCUCGAUUUGCUGUUACCGUUUUACAAACAUUUGAAGCGUGGGCAAUUGACGAUACUCUUAAAGCUUGCCCGUCUCCUGAUCUUCCCUAUACAAUUGAUUUUUGGCGUCUUCCGGCAUUUAUCCCUAUGACUGUAUCAAUCAUGAUAUUUCUCAAAGCACAUCCAAGCCAGUGGUUACCAAUCAUUACCUCGUCGUUUAUCGGAUUCAUGGUAUCCACUAUAUCAAGAUUGUUUUUCACAACAGAAAUGACAUCUGUUUUUACAUCCUUUUCACUCGGUAUCGUAUCAAACUUAUUGGCCAGGUAUAGAGACAAUAUAGCUAUUGCGUCAGUACUUGCAGGGAUAUUUUGGUUGGUACCAGGAAGUGUUGGUGUGCGUGGAGCAAUUGCUGCAUUUUCUGGUGAUGCUUCAGGUACUUCGUUUGGAGUACAAAUAAUUGUUCGGGCCAUGUCCAUUGCUGUUGGAUUAUUUGCUGCCAAUGCCAUCGUGUUUCCAAUUGGACCAAGGAAACGACAAGUAUACGAGGAAGACUCAUUGGCGGUCUGACGCUUUAUUCCAUAUGACAAAAAAUCAUUCGAGUAUUAUAUUACCCUCAAUAACAUGGUAUUACAAAUCUACCACACAAAUAAAAAUAUCAUAGAACAAGUA